GCAUUCUGGCUGCAGGAAGAUGAGCCCCCUUGAGCAUGGGUUCCCAAUCAUGGGGGCCCCAAUGUUGUUGGACUACAACUUUGGCCUUUAGCUAUUGUGGCUGAGGAUGAUGUGAGGUGUAGUCCAACAACAUCUGGGACCCAAGGCUGAGCAACCCCUGUUCUACAUUUUUCUGGACUCCUUUGUAACCUGAGACUUGUGCAUAGCCCUGCCUAUCAGAGAGUGAAGGGGAGGGGUGUGAGGAGGGAAGAAGGGGUGCAUUGUGUACUGUAGGUUUUUAAAAAGAUAAAAUAAGGAAUGUCUAGCAAGCUUCAUACAAUGUCUCUGGGUGGCCAACCUACGCCCUUUCUAGCUGUUGUUGGACUACAACUCCCAUCACCCCCUGCUGCAAUUGGUUAGCCACCUCUGUUGUAUCUUAUGGCAGACAAGUGCCAUGGUGGCCACAGUAUUCUUAUUAAUAACAAUAAGAAUAUGGAUAUACUGCUUUCUAACUAAGAGAUCGCAACAUGGCUCAGUAGUAAAAGGAAUGAAAAACAUAGUUUUCAGUUCUAAAGAGACUCAGCUCAUGAUCUAAAAAGAAACACAAGGGAGAGAGGCAGCAGCAGCAGCAGCUACCAGGAAGGAUGCUGUGCCAGGCUGAAUAAUAAUGGAACAGGGAUCAUGGCUGAUAUGAUGGGAGAAAAAUGACUCAGAGUAGUCCCACAGAUUAAAAAGACAAGUUAGGCACUUGUCCAUUAAAAUUCAGCAGGACUUCUUUGAAUAAUUUCCUUCGUCAUCCAGUUGCGCUUCCCCUGCUAGCUAGGUAUAAGAAUGCGACUGUUUUAAAAGGUGCCUCUUCGCCCAGUUAGCAGGGGUUAAAGGACAGAAAGCCUCUGAAUUGUGCAGAACUCUUCUUCAGCCCAGAGUGAAGAGAUCUGUCAUCUGUGCAACUUGGAAGUUUUGCAACCAUGCCACAUGCAACUCCAUACCAUUUGGGGGUGUCAUCUCUCCGAUUCUAGCACCAGUGUGGCAGCAACUUUCUAUAAGGGUAGAGAAUAUGUCGUGAAGAAACAAGGGGGAUAAAAAAGAGAAAGACAACCACCCCAUGGAUGCACGGAGGGAGAGAAAGAGAGAUGCCAAGCGGAGCCUCUGAGCUUGCUGCGCGCUGGCCCUUUAAGAGACCAGCCCUCCCAGCUCUGACAGUUCUGGGGCGAUGGCUCCGUUAAAAAGCUCUGAGCGGCUUCAUCUCCAACUCAUUGUGUGGCACAUCCGCUACAGAGGCUGCAGGUACCAUGAGCCGCAAAGUUGUGAGGUCCAGCAAGUUCCGCCAUGUCUACGGACAGCCUGUCAAGGCCGACCAGUGCUAUGAUGACAUCCGUGUUUCCCAGAUGACAUGGGACGGGAAUUUUUGCUCCGUCAACCCCAAGUUCCUGGCCAUCGUUGUGGAAGCCAGCGGAGGAGGGGCCUUCUUAGUCCUGCCAUUGUCCAAGACUGGUCGCCUGGACAAGGCCUACCCUGUGGUCUCGGGGCACACGGCCCCUGUGCUGGACGUGGAAUGGUGCCCCCACAACGACCACGUUAUUGCUAGUGGAUCUGAGGACUGCAGCGUUAUGGUCUGGGCAGUGCCUGAAGGUGGACUCACGCGGCCUUUGAACGAGCCCCUGGUGACCCUCGAAGGCCACUCUAAGCGGGUGGGGAUUGUCUCGUGGCACCCGACGGCACAAAACCUCCUGUUGAGCGCAGGCUGUGACAACGUCGUGACGGUCUGGGAUGUGGGAGUCGGGCAGGCCUCGCUCUCCCUGGACGAGUUGCAUCCGGACGCCAUCUACAGUGCAGCAUGGAACCUGGAUGGGUCCCUGCUCUGCACAGCCUGCCGGGAUAAGUGCGUCCGGCUUUUUGACCCCCGGGCAGGAGGCAAAGUUGCCAAUGAGAUCCCACGCCCACAUGAGGGGUCCCGUCCUGUCCGGGCUGUUGCUGUGAAAGAUGGAAAACUGCUGACCACCGGCUUCAGUCGUAUGAGUGAGCGGCAGGUGGCAUUAUGGGACCCGAGGAAGCCCGAGGAGCCUUUGACCCUCCAGGAGCUGGACACAAGCAGCGGGGUCCUGCUACCUUACUACGAUCCAGACACCAAUGUGGUUUACCUGACUGGCAAGGGCGACAGCAGCAUCCGCUACUUUGAGCUUACGGAAGAGGCGCCCUUCGUGCACUUCCUGUCCAUGUUCAGCUCCAAGGAGUCCCAGCGAGGAGGCGGAUGGAUGCCCAAGCGAGGCCUGGAUGUCAGCAAGUGCGAGAUUGCCAGGUUUUACAAGCUCCACGAGAGGAGAUGUGAACCCAUUGCUAUGACGGUCCCUCGGAAGUCAGACCUGUUCCAAGAGGAUCUGUAUCCCGACACAGCCGGCCCAGAUGCUGCACUGACAGCAGAGGAGUGGCUUUCAGGGAAGAACGCCAAGCCCAUCCUCAUCUCCCUCAAGGAUGGCUACACUCCCCAAAAGACCCGAGAGUUCAAGGUCAACCAGACCCUCCUUCAAGGGCCAAAACGAAGCCAUGAAGGGGCACCACAGGGGGGUCCCGCUUUGGAGCAGCUCUCCGAGGACCUGAAGCGGCUGCAAGCCACCGUCUCGGCACAGGAACGGCGCCUUGUGGAGCUGGAGCAGCUGGUGAAGAAAUAGGCUUUCCAUCCUCCAGCCAACCCUGUUCCUCAUUGCUCAUAUUGGACUUUGUCUCCUUGCUCUUUUAAAACAUUUUAACCAGGUUUUUUUUUCCCCAUGGGUGGAUCCUCAGGGCAUUAUUAAGUUCCACCCACCCCAGACUCAGGGCAGAAACCAAAGCCAGCUUCGGUCGGUGAAGGUGGGGCCAUUUAUUACAUCGCCACCCCCCCCACUGCAGCUUGCCAGGUCCCUCUUUCUUACAGAAUGCCUCUUCUCCCCCUGGGUGGUGCUCAAGACACCUUCCUGCCCUUCUAGCACUCUUGAGAGGGUCCUGCCUCUCUUAAAGGGUCUUCCCAGCAUUGAGAAAAGUGCAGUACUGUGUGGCAAUCAAACCAAUGCGAAAUGGCACUCAAGCCAGAGCGGGUUUUUUUUGCCAGAGUGGCCCCUAGCUGAAAAAUAGUGAAGAUCACUGACCUAAGGAAAAACCACCCCCUGCUGCCUAACCCUCAUUCCCUGAGCAAUCCCCUCUUCUCCUCCCUUGCAUCCCAUUCUUCCCAGAACUCCUCUUGGAAGUGCUGCAGGACCACCUUUGUGUUCUGCCUUUUGGGGGUGGAGCUGAUCAUCAAUCUAAUGUUUGAACUUGGGCUACAAGGUUUAGUCAAUAAGUUAAACAUUUUAAACAGUGUACUGGAUAAACCAGUGUUGUUGUUUUUUUAAAGUUACAAUUUAUAUACAUUGCAAGUGCAGUCUUAAGAGGCAUUCCUUCCUGUGGGAGAAGAGGAAUACCUCUUUUGGGAGGAUACCUGCCAUACAACACAGGCAUCCAGUAUUUAAAGCAUGAAGUGACAGCCUGCUUUCUUGAGAAGCUAUUCUCAUAUGCAUGUUUAAUCAGAUUGUGAGAAUUCUUCCUAUUAAGAUCUCUUGAAGCAGAGAGCAGUUCUGGUUUUCUUUUAGGCUAAUGAUUAUUGGGUUUUUGUAUUCGUAACCUCCUGUUAACGGAGCAGAGGUGCUACUAUUUAAGACUGUGUUCUUCAUUGCAAGGCCUUUGGGCCCCCCCGAGUGCAGCUCUGCCAUUGUUGAUUGGGCCCAAGGUGAAUGCUCUGCAGUUCCCCUUCAGCAUGUAGGGGCGACCAUAUCUCCUGGGUGGCGCUGCACUUUGGGUGUGUUCUUUUAAAGGGAAACAGAACCCCUGCACCAUCUUGGAAGGCAGGCAUGGGGUGCCGGGAAGUGGUGCCCUUUCCAAUGCCGCCCUCUUAGAGCUCUUGAGAGGGUUCGACCUCUCUUAAAGCGUCUUUCCAGCAUUGAGAAAAGUGCAGUAUGGUGCAGAAAGUCAAGCCAAUGGAAAACGGUUGAAGGGUUGUUGUUGUUUUUUGCCAGACUGGCCCCUGGUUGAAAAAUAGUGAACAUCACUGACCUAAGGAAAAACCAUACCCUGCUAUCCAACCCAGUGGCAAAAAAAGCUUUCUUUACACACAACUAAAGUAAAGUGUGCCGUCAAGUUGGUGCUGACUCCUGGUAAGCCCUGUGGUUGUCUUUGGUAGAAUACAGGAGGGGUUAACCAUUGCCUCCUCCCAUGCAGUAUGAGAUGAUGCCUUUCAGCAUCUUCCUAUAUCACUGCUGCCCGAUAUAGUACCAGCGGGGAUCUGAACCGGCAACCUUCUGCUUGUUAGUCAAACAUUUUCCCUUUACCUUAUACACAUCUAAAGGUAAAGGGUGCCGUCGAGUCGGUGUCGACUCCUGGCGACCACAGAGCCCUGUGGUUGUCUUUGGUAGAAUACAGGAGGGGUUUACCAUUGCCAUCUCUCGCACAGUAUGAGGUGAUGCCUUUCAGCAUCUCCCUAUAUCGCCGCUGCCCAAUAAUAGGUGUUUUUAACUACAGGGAGUAAAAUCCAAUAACAUGCUAUUCCACUCUUUACCACCGGAGGGUUGCCACAGCCACACCAAUCCAUGUUCUGCAGUUUUUAGCCACCAGAGGGCAGCACUCCAAGCUACUUACUACUUGAAUCCAGCAAUUUUUCAGUCUUUAGAACCAGAACAAUCGCACCUAAUCAACCAGUUUUUAGUGGCCAUAUUUUGAUGUAUAAGGAAGGCAUUAUUUUAUAACUGGAUAUUGUCUAGCUGGCAUCUGUCACUUUUAGGAGAGGGGGAACUUGAAUAAAGUCUGUAAAUAGCU